GUAUAACGCAUUCUUUAUUUGUCCAAUAUUGUGAGAAAGUAUCUGACAUAGCAAAGGUUAAUAACAUCAUGGAGCGGCGUCCUGAUAGCUUUUGGUCAUGCCUGGUUUGUGCAGCAUCCGUAUUGUCUAUUCUGAUCGCAACUGGCGGUCCAUACGCCUUUGGAUUGCUUCUUCCUCCUUUAAUGGAUGAAUUCAGUGCAACCAGACAAGAAACAGCUUGGAUCGGUUCUUUGUACAUGGCGAGCGGUUGCAUCUUCAGCCCCGCAGGUUGCUUCAUCAGCGAUCGUUUUGGUCACAGGUUCACCGCCGUCAUGGGUUCGUUUCUCGGGGUAGUCGGGUUCUUUCUUGCCUCGUUUUCCUCAAAACUUUGGAUGAUGUACCUAACGUUUGGUGUUUUAUCAGGCAUUGGGCAUGUGAUGGUUUACAACUCCUGUUACUUGAUGGUUCUUCUCUAUUUUGUCAAAUGGCGCUCGGUGGCUGUCGGUAUUGUUUCGUCGGCACCGGCCAUUGGAAUGUUCGUGACCACCCUGGUCACGCAGUUUGUAUUAGACAAGUGGGGAUGGCAAUGGACAAUAAAAGUGUUCGGUUUGCUAAAUUUGAUUUGUGGCUUGUGUUCAACUGUCUUUGUACCCCUCGAUAAUGGCCUCGACGAAAUCUCUGACAGCGAAUUUACGACUCGCAAGUCGAGAAAGAAAGAAGCAGCAAGUCAACGAAGCUCGCUUCUUGGGAACUAUCCAUUUGUAAUCAUAUCAACGUCACUAUCUGUGGUUCAUUUCAGCUAUUUCGUACCAAUCAUGCACAUAGUAAAGCAUUGCAAACAAGAGCUUCGUAUACCUGGAAACAAAGCCUCCAUGCUGUAUACCUACAUGGGAAUAACGUCCUUCAUAAGCCGCCAUCUAUUUUGCAAGUUGGGAGACUUAAAGUAUCUGAACAGAUUCCAUCUGUAUCAAGGGGGUAUGACUAUAAGUGGGCUGUGUGUACUUUGCUUACCAUUGGCAAGAUCGUUUGGAUCGAUUGCAGCGAUUUUUACAGUUUUUGGACUGAUGGAUGGAGCAAUGAAUGGCCAAUAUGCCUUGCUGCUUUUGGAAUGCACAGGACGACGCCAAGUCAACCGAGCUUGGGGAUAUAUGAUGCUCUUUUCCGGUUUAAGCGUUGGCCUCGGUUCUCCCUUAGCUGGUCUGAUGGCAGACGAGCUCGGCUCGUACAUCACCCCAUUUUACACGGCAGGGGCAAUACAAAUCGCAGGGGCGUCGGUCACUUCAUUGAUGACUUGCGUUAAACGAGGAUUACCAGAAGAGGCCGAAACACAAGCAUCCAUUGACGAAGAACUUUUGCACAUUGAAAACACAAUCAUGGUGAACUCACCUGCUCAAGAUUCCAGCCAAGAAAGUCAGAUGGUAGUAGAAAAAAAACCUACAUGCCGUCCGGACAGUUGUUGGUCGUGGGUAGUGUGCGUGGCCUCAGUCAUUUUAGUCAUAAUUGUAUCGGGGAUCGGCUAUAGCUUUGGCUUGCUCCUUCCUCCUCUAAUGGAAAGCUUUGGAGCAUCCAGGCAAUCUACAGCCUGGAUCGGAUCGUUAAACCUCGCUUUUGGUUAUGUCUUAAGUCCUCUGGGUUCUCUGAUCAGCGAUCGCUUUAGCCACAGGGUCACUGCCAUGGUGGGAGCCCUCACAGGGGUCAUUGGAUUUUCUCUGGCGUCUUUGUCUCCUAAACUGUGGAUGAUGUACCCGACGUAUGGACUCAUGUCAGGCUUUGGCCAUAGGAUGAUUUACAACUCUUGUAUGGUAGCCAUCGUGGACUACUUCGUUAGACGGCUCUCUUUGGCCGUUGGUAUAAUGACGUCCGCGACAGCCAUAGGCAUGCUUGUUAUGACUCAAGUCACCCAAGUCUUGCUGGAUACAAUUGGAUGGCAAGGCACGCUACAAGGGUUUGCAGGUUUCUAUUUGCUAUGCGGUUUGUGUUCGCUUGUUUUUGUACCAGUGGACCGCUCAGAGAAUAACAAGGGUGGCAUGGCUGCGGAUGAAAAAGCAGAGGAGAAAGAAAAUUCAUCUCUCUUUGGAAAUCGUCCUUUUCUCGUCCUGUUGUCUUCAUUCAUGGUUGUUAAUAUAAGCUUCUUUGUUCCAGCCGUACACAUCAUUAAGCACUGCGAACAAGAACUGAACAUUUCUGGAGACAGAGCUUCUAUGUUAUUCAUAUAUUUGGCGACAACGUCCUUCUUCAGUCGUCAUUUGUUUUGCAAACUUGGAGAGUUUCGUCACUUCAACAGGUUCCUUAUGUACCAGGGAGGUAUGACAAUCAGUGGAUUGUGCGUCAUAUGUCUUCCAUUAGCAACGUCAUAUGGAUCUUUGGUAGCGAUUUUUAUAGUCCUCGGCCUCAUGGAAGGAUCUUCAAUGGGUCAAUUCUCUCUCCUACUUUUAAAAUGCGUCAAACAACGCCAAUUCAAUCAAGCUUGGGGCUACUUGAACUUCUUCAUGGGCAUUACUAUAUCCAUUGGACCACCAUUGGCUGGUCUAAUGGCAGACAAGCUUGGCUCCUACACUAUCCCAUUUUACACUUCGGGUGCGGUGCUGAUAACAGGCGCGUCAAUCAUCUCACUGAUGCCGUUUGUAAAGCAACAUGCUGACUUUGAAGAAGAAAAAGAGGUGCAAUUUUACAAGGAAGAACUUUUAGUAACUGAAAGAAUAACCACACUUUAGGUUAAAUGGCGGAGAAAACAGGCAAAGGAAAGAAUAAACCUUUGAUGAGGAUUAUCAUGAUGAUGGUAUUGAAAGAAACUUUUCCUUGUGAAACAUGAUUACAUUGCCACCCUUUGUUGGCAAAGACAAACAAUAGAGAGAAUGUACCUGAAAUAAUGGUAAAAGUAAAGAAAAAUUGCCGUAAUUUCUUAUCGUUUUAAGAAAAAGAAUAGAAACUUUUCGUUUUAGGGUUAACUUUUAAACGACGGGUCAUAAUCCACGACGACGUAUGUGUAAAAAAUAUGCAAACCACAUGUAUUCAAGUGUUCACGCUGUUUUCAUGGAUUUGUAUUUAACAGCUUUAAUUCGCUUCAUUAGAUGCAGUUUGUAGAACAUUGUUCAUUUCGCUGGAGCAGGCAUCGGGUUGCAAAGUAAACUUGAUAUUAAAUUCGUUCCCACCUUAAGA